AUGGUUCUUCAGUUGGUUACGCAAAUUGAGAUGCCUAGAUGUGUAAGUAGUCAGAAACAAACUCGAUCUGAAAAUGCUCAAUGGCCAUUUGCUAAUGAGGAAUUUUUAAUUCAACAUAGCUAUGACUAUUACUUGCAAGGGCAUUUACAGAACUCAACUUUUUCGGGGAAACUGGAUAUGGGAUUGAUGAACAUACAAAGAAGAUUACCGGGAACCGGAAAGGAUGCCGCAGUGAUUGAUGGAAACAAGGAGUAUGCUAGGAUGCUUAAUAGUGGAAUCCCUCAUUACGAUAAUUGCACCGAGAUGUUCUACAGAACUUAUGCAACAUGUUCACAUGCAAGGUCUGGAUGUCAGGGGCCUCUUGACAGUGAUGAUGAGGAGACUGUUGGAGGUUCUAUAAAACAGGUUUCUGGUGGCAAAAGGGCUAGCACUGACUUUAUGGCUACUUCAGACCAGGAUUGUGGACCAAGUAACCCUAGCAAUAAUCAAUACAAGCCCUGCAAGAAGGGUAAAGUUAACAAGACAGAGUCCAUGACCACAGUAAUGCAGCAAAUUGGUGGAAUGAUGGAGGCUAAGCAGAAUAGUUGGCAGGUUAAUUGUAAUGACCAAAUGAAUGAAUGUUAUCGCAUCAUAAAGAGGCUGACUGGUUUAGAUUCAUCGCUUCGUAUGAAAGCAUUAACCGAAAUUAAAAGCGCGACCAUGAGGAGUAUGUUUCUGACCAUGGAUGAUGAUGAUAGACUAGUUUGGCUGAGUACUUUGCAGGGGUGAUUGGUGCAGGGCUGCUGGGUUUAAGAGGUUUUUUAUGGGUGCGGGUUGCUGGGUUUAAGAGUUUUUUAUUACGGUCGAUUGAACAAUUUUUCAAGUAUUGUUUUAAUUAUCAGUUUGUAUGCGUAUUUUUAAUUAUCUAUUUCUAACAGUGUUUCCUAUUUUAAUUCACUAUUUGUUUAUGUUUGAACAUUUAUGAAU